ACUUGAAAGAAGCGUGGGAAAAAGCACUGCACUUCAACAACAGAAAAUUGGAAACGUAAGAGAAGCAGACGAAGAAGAAGAAGAAGAAGAUGAUCUCCUCGUCAAUGCUGAUCAAGCUCCUUCUGAUUCUAUCCAUUUCAUCUGUCGCCUUCUCCGUCGAUGACAAGUGCGCCGCCUGCAACGCCGUCGCUGAGGAGCUGGAGCGAGGACUUUCUAAUGAAAAACCGAGGAAUCAUUUGGACAUGAGGCACCGCUUGGAUUCUACAGGUCAACGGAGAGGAAAGCUGAUCGAUUACAGAGUGAGUGAGCUGAGAGUUGUUGAACUUCUGGAGGGGCUUUGUGAAAAGAUGCAAGAUUACACUCUCCAGAAGCUAGAGCCAACCAGACAAGAGUGGAUCAAAGUGGAUAACUGGGACAACCUCACAAAUAAACAAGAAGCUCGAGCUUAUUCAAAAGAUAUAUCAACAUAUUGUGGAAGGUUGCUUGAGGAAACAGAAGAUGAGUUCGCAGAAUUGAUAAAGAACGGUUCUGUUAAAGUAGGAGAUGUAAGCAAGGUUUUAUGUCAAGACCUGAGUAAGCAUUGCAGCAAAACAGGUGGUUCUUAUGAGGACGAUGGCGACGACGAUGAUGAAUCAGAUGGAGAACUGUGAGUUUACCAAAUUCUUUUGCACUCCGCUGGAAACCAUAGUGUCGGUGAAAGAACUUGAUAGAAGGUCAAAGUUAGUAGGGAUUCUCAGAUUUAAAAAUGAGAAUUGCGUAAUUCCCACCAGCAAAUUUUUGAUCUUAUGCUUAAGUUUAUCAAAUCAAAUGUAUCAUUAUGUCAACUUAAUACGAGUCAAAGUAAACACAGUUUCUCUCUCCUUCCUUAAAACUAAAGAGAAGCGAACGAUUUAGUUAAUGCGUCUUCCGAUGUAUUCCAUGAAUUUAAUGCUCCUGGGUGAUUUUUCUCCCCUACCCAAUCAAAAAACGGAGAAAAAAAUAAAGCUUGGGAAAAAAUGGACAUUUUUUCCACACGACAUUCGAA